AUGCGCGGAAUCCAAAUCACUGAAUAUCUCAAGGGCCCUGAUCAACUUCAGGUCACUGACCUUCCCGAUCCCAAACCCUCAGCGGAUCAGUAUCUCAUUCAAGUACACGCCGCAGCAGCCAACUUUUUCGACAUUCUACAGAUCCAAGGAAAAUACCAGAACCAACCUCCAUUUCCCUGGGUUGCUGGCGCCGAAUUCGCUGGCACAGUCGUCGCCACACCUAGCAAUGGCUCUAACCCCAAGUUUCCUGUAGGAUCGCGUGUCUUUGGCGCAUCGCAGGGUGCUUUUGCGACCAAGAUCUGUGCUGCCGAGAACACUCUCCUGCCUGUACCCGAUGGCUGGUCUUUCAAGGAGGCUGCUGGUCUGUUUGUCACUGCGCCGACAAGUUAUGGUGCUCUAGUUGUGAGAGCGAACAUUAAGAAGGGCGAUUACGUCCUUAUCCAUGCUGCGGCUGGUGGUGUUGGUCUCGCUGCUGUUCAAGUGGCCAAGGCCUUUGGCGCAACUGUCAUUGCGACAGCUUCGACACAGCACAAGCUCGACGUUGCCAAGUCCUAUGGCGCCGACCAUGUGAUUUCUUACAACGACGCUUCAUGGCCCACGCAGGUCAAGAAAUUGACACCAAACUCCCGUGGCGUCGACAUCGUGUACGAUCCUGUCGGUCUAGUCGACCUCUCGACCAAGUGCACAGCAUGGAACGGACGCAUUCUCGUCAUCGGCUUCGCUGCUGGCAAGAUCGAAAAGGUGGCGAUGAACAAGGUUCUUCUGAAGAACAUCUCUAUUGUGGGACUGCACUGGGGCGCUUAUUCCAUCCAUGAGAAGGAGAUGAUUCCCAAGGUCUGGGAAGGCAUCAUGGGGCUUGUGAAAGAGGGAAAGCUCAAGGGUACAGAGUACACGGACGAGGAGUUUGUUGGUCUGGAGAGAACUGGAGCUGCGUUAAAGGCCCUUGGUGGUAGGGGUACCUGGGGAAAGGUUGUUAUCAAGAUACCCGAGGAGGGACAGAGCAAGCUAUAG